CCACGGAGCCUGUAAGCCUGGCAGCACUACCAACAAGAUUGCAGCCCAGCCCAGCUGGCAUCCUCCCUCACUACCUACUGACCACUCAACUACAUCACCGAUUUCUCUUACUUUUCCCUUCCGUGUCUGCAAAGCCGCAGGACUUGCCCACCACACUGUUGCUGCUCCUCAAUUUCCAUAUUCACCCACGUUCUGGUUAUGUCUUCUUGAAGAGGAAUCAGACGAUUUGUUUCUUGUUCUCUCCAUGCAGAUGCCCUUGUCAAUGGAUCAUUUGCAACCAUGGCUGACCAUGCAGUCCACGUACAGCUUCCAAGCAUGGUCCGAAAGCCUAGGGCUGUAUGGCCCGGCCUCGCCAGGAUGGGAAUGUAUCAGAAACAGAUAGCAGGUGACGGAAAUUGUCUCUUUGCAUCCUUAUCUGACCAACUGUAUGGCAAUCCCGAGAAACACCCCCAAAUUCGUGCCAGUGUCGUCGAGCACAUGCGAAACUUUCGACCUCUUUUUGAGCACUAUGUCCACAAAGACGACGUGCAACAACGCAGAACACUUCGAUCUACUACCGCAUCAUCUCGUCAAGAGUCGGAUGACGCGUUCGAGGAGUACCUUUCAUUGAUGUCACGAGGUGGUACAUACGGGGGUGAGCCAGAACUCGUGGCCUUCUGCCAGGUCUACAACCAAGAUGUCACCGUCCAUCUUCCACGAAUUCAAAACUUCGAUCGAGACUCAAUCCCAUACACAAACCCAUAUCGCGACGGGCCUCCUUCCACACUGCCUCUUCACAUCUGUUAUGGAGGAGAUGAGGUCACGCGAGCCCACUACGACUCGGCUCGAAGCAGGGAUGGAUCGAUUCCACGCGGCCGUGAUAGUCCCCUACUCAAGCCCAUCGACAUUUCCGACAGCACACCUAUCAGCUCGCCGAUCCCAAGCCCAGGUCACCUCCUCAGCACCAGAUCCAUUCGAAACAGCAGAUCCGAAAUCUCCUCCGAACUCAUCCACGACUUGAUUCAGAAGAGCAAAAGAGACAUCGAUACCAACACAGACCACUCGGCAGACAAGGCUCGGGCCCGAAGUCCAUCAGUCACAUCUUCUCAACACAGCUCUAGCUCCAAACGAUCUCUUGACGAUGAUGGGGACCAGACACGGUCAAACAAACGCGCCGAUCGAAGAAAGAGCACACGAAGACGUGUCGACAUGGUCGUCCUCACGCCAGAUUUAGACAACGACUCAGAACAUCGACCAUUCGACGAAUCCUCAUACGCAGAUCAUUCUCCCAGCACUCAAGACUCAUCGGCUGAAUCUACCGGCCCCGAAAACGGCCGGUUAUCCACUCGAAUUCGAUCAUACACCCUGGAAGAUGAGGAGGAUCAAGUCGAUGGCUCACGAAAGACUGCCAACGUUCCCCACCGGUCACAAAACCGCUCCUCAUUGCAUAUUGUGACCAAUCUAUCGGUGCCAGGACAUCCUCCUAGUCCUCGGAUGAUAUCGGUAGCCGAACGGCCAAAGUCAACGUUGCGUGCAUAGCGUUUCCCACGGAGUCAUGGUUGAUCGUCACAAUUCCUGUGUCUUGGUGAGGCAUGUCGCAUGGCAUGGGCUGCAUAUGAUACCCCAGCAUAGCAUAGCGUUUGGAGGUCUGUGUAGAGAGGCUCACACAGGACCCUUUAAAUCUGAACCAUAGGCGGGUUCCGGGCAUGAUUUAUGAAUAAUGGUGAUAUUUUAGGCGAGAACAUGGUUGGAACUCUGAGGAGUCCAGGUCUUGAUAGAGCUACAUAGCUAUCUGUUGAAUCAAGUUAAUUAGUCGUAAAUUG